AUGAACUGUCAUCAAGUUCUUAGUGGUGCCUGUAAUUCAGGGGAUCAAUGUUUUGCUGUUGGUUCCGUAGAGGGAAUUCCUUUUACAGCAUAUGCAGCGGGAUGUAACAUAGUAAUUCUUGCAUCAAAUUUUGAGCGUGUUCAAAUAAUACCUGGUGCCAUACAUGGUUACAUUCGCAUAAGUUCUCUGGACUGCAGUACCGAUACAGGAAAGAUUGCUGCUGCAUAUGGUGCUGAAGUGUGCAUUUUUGAACCAACACCAUUGAUUCACACAGCAUCCACUACUCAUGGGCUGGAAUACAGAUGGGUCCAAACAGGGAAAUUGGUGGCAGACGGCCCUAUAACCGCUCUAUCAUGGAACCUGGAAGGCACGCGUCUGCUCACUGGUGGUAGGAUUUUACAACUGUGGCAUCAGGCAUCGCUUUAUCAAGAUGAUAGUCAACCUAGCUCCGGCGUAACGUUUCAAAUCGGCGGCGACAAAGAUGACAAGCCAAAGCAAGCUGAAGAGGAUGAACCGGGAUGGUUGUGUGUUUGGCAAUGCCACACGGCAACACCGGCUCAUCACCUUGCGUUUUCACCAGACGGAGUACUUUUCGCGACCUCCGGGAUAAAUGAUAGACUCGUAAAGAUAUGGUAUCAGAACAAAGUAUUGGUUCAAACGCAAGGGGAACACUCGCCGCCGGAACUCAACUACACCUUCAUCUACGUCGCACAUCCGAGGGCUGUCACUCACCUCUCGUGGAGGAAGACUAGCAAAUACAUGCCUAAAGGCAGCGUGGGCAACGUACUAGUAACGUCAUGCGUUGACAAUAUCUGCCGCGUGUGGGCGGAAACGCUAUUGCCAGAAGACGAAUGGGGCGGAUGUGUGACCCCCCAUUCUCGUUCCCCACCUCGGAGACAACGCGCCACACACCGGCAUAAACAUCGAUUCAUGCAACGUUUGAAGCAUAUGAAAACGUGUUUUCACAUCAGACGUACGGCCCAGUCUUCGAAGCAGCCAGGCGCUCCAAUCCCCACGCUUCCUUCCACGUACAGCGCUCACGACUUCCACAACUCCUACCACGCUACGUCCUAUACUGCUGGUCUCCACUUCCAUCUAGCAGCGUCAAUAAAUGCGGAAACAGACAUACCACUAGUGCCAUCUCUUUCUGGCGGUGGAAGGUUCAUCCUACACUGGCUUCAUAAUAAGGAAAUGCACUUCACGAGUCAAGCUGAAGCGAUCUUACACGAUUUAACUAAAAAAAUAUUAGACAAAGAAGAAACUGAAGAAGGUGGUUCCGCAUCAGAUCAAACACAGCCGGAUGGAGAAAAUCACGAAAGACAUAGGCGACCCAGUCAACAUUUGACUAAAGGACUGUCUGAAGAUAACAGCAAUAGUGAUGAACAAGCAGGAAAUGGCAACAGUCACCCAAGCCUUUCUAAUACGACGUCCAUCAACUCGAUAGCGACGGAUGUGACGUGUACACAUUUACCGGACUCCCUGGACGCCAAAAUAGAGGCAUUGUUACGAGAUUGGCAUCAAAGCCCCGAUCUACUGUUCUCGAUACACCCUGUGGAUGGUAGUUUUCUUAUAUGGGUAUGUGAGUGGCUAGAUGAGUUACAAGCGGGUGCAAUACGGCAAGCCCAAGUGUCCUUUUCGGCACGAAUACCUUCCGCGUUUCCUCUCGGAGACGCUACUACCAUGUGUACGCCGGCCGCACUUUACCACGCGGCGGCCCAACCACUCUACGUGCGACAUAGGACAAAACCGGUUAAUACUGGAGCAAGAGAAGAGAAUAACAACGAUAUGAAAAGGAAAACAAGUGUCGCAACCGAAGUUAUAGAGAAUCAAGACAGUGAUGUUUUAGAGUCGGCUCCUGUGAUAUCUAUGGUCACUAACCACACAAAUGGGACACUCAAUCUAUGGCAGUUGACUUUCGACGAUAAAUCUAAAUUUUCUCAAGUACUGUCAAUUGGUCACGCUUCGAGAGCAUCAGGUCACAGGUUUAGAGUGAAUGACAUCACGUGCCAUCCAGUAUUACCUUUGUUGCUCACUACGAGUCACCACAACAUAUCUGAUGAAGCGAGAGACGUAGCUCCGACGGACGAUCAAUUUGCAGCGGGUGGUCUUUGUUCAGAACUAAUAAUGUGGCGCGUGGAAUGCGUGGGACCGUUGGGCAAGUCUGGUGGUGUGUCUGAAUUGGCGCGUGUUAAUUCACCACAUUUGUCCGCAUUUAGUAAUGUUGCCUGGCUGCCUACGUUGCUCCCGAGCACUACACUAGGAAAUCUUUCGAAUUCGCCAUCUGCAUGUUUCGUGGCGAGUGACGGAGAGAGUCUGCGUUUGUUCCAAGCCGUUAUUGAUGCUCGGACUCUGUUAGCUGAAAUAGCUUCGUCUGAACGCCGCCAUAAAGAUGUAAUGCACGAUACAAUGUCGAUAUCAUCAGAAUCAACUAUCGAGGAAGGGGGUGUUCCUCUUCACGAUAGAUUCAAGAUAGUCUCCCAGCAAUCUACGGCAAGGCCAGGGGCAAUAAUACAAUUACACGCUAUUGCUGAUGCAACACACGAUUGGCAUAACACACAACUAUUACACGUCUUUCAAGAACAGCUAAUUACAGGAGAAAGGACAUCGAGUGAUACAGAAAGUUCAGAUUCUGGUGUGGAAGGUGACGUGAAUACGAUAACGGAAGCUGGAAUGGAGGCAAUAGUGGAUUUGAGGAAAGCCGCAGUUUUUAAUGAGCCCUUCUACAUCGUUGUUCUUGAGAGAACAGACGGUGGUUCUACUGUACACAUGUGGAGGCUAACUGUAUCUUCGCAGGGUGAUAUUAAUGAUGACAUGACGAAUAGUAUGAUGUACGUUCCUGAUAGUGCUUUAGUGCAAGAAGAUGAGGGCGAGUCCCGAAAGAAUUCCGUGUCAGUAGAUAUCGACCAAGCUGCACCCGCACAUCAAAUUCACUCACAUCUAUCUAUUUCUACGAAAAAGGUUUGUGAAUGCCCGUUAUCACUCCCAGAAGGCGUAGAUGUGAUUCACGCGACACCAGCAGCUGGCCAUCUUAGCUCAGCUUCCAUUUAUCCCGCCUGCCUUGCUCCGUAUAUACUUGCAACUGCCUGCUCUGACAGUACACUCAGAUUUUGGAAGUGUGACGUGACUAAAAAAGAUGAUGAUUUUGAAUAUUCGUGGAAGGAAUGGGAAAUGAUGAAUAAAGAUCAAGAAUCUACUAUUGAUAUACCAGGUCAACCCUUACACAUAAGCGCAGCGUACUCGGGUCGAAUUGCGUGCGCGUACAAAUGCGGACGUUCCUUUACGAGACCUAAAGGCCUGUCCACAACGAAUUUGAACAACCCAGACGCACGUUACGUGAACUUAUGCGUUUGCGUAUACGAAUGUGAGAGUACCGGUGGCGCGGAGUGGUUGUUAGAAGAUACGAUACCAUUGCGAAAUGUCAGCUUACCACGGGUUGGAGUCUGUACUGAUACCCAGAUAGAUCUCUCUUACUUGCAUGAUACAACAUUUAUGCAGAAGAAACAGAGGAUUAACCAGGUCCUACAAACGCUAUCAUCAGACGAAAGCCGUAAUAACCGUAAUGGCGAGGCUGACACGGGCAAAUCGGCCGGUCUUCUCGCCGUCCCGUCAUUCAGUACUUUACAAUCGCUGCGCAGGAGCAUUAUGGAGAAUGGCAAUACUUGUCCACUCACACAGAAGCAUUUGGUGCAGCUCGACUGGGUUUCUAAGGAGGAUGGUUCUCAUAUAUUGACAGUGGCCGUCGGUUCCAGGGUUUUGCUGUUUACGCCUGUCUCGAGUGAUCUAGCGCAGGCAAAUAUAAAGGCAAUGAAGGAAUCUAUUAACAACAAUCGUCCGAUACUUCGCAAAGCCUCGUCUCUAGCGGCGCCAUUAUUCGUUGAAGAGAUAAGGUGGAUGCAAUUACGUCGUAUAGAAUUGAAGACCGCUGAUGGUCUACCGCCGUUACCUAUGCAGAUAUCGUGGGUCAGAGAUGGUAUAUUGGUUGUGGGUAUGGACUCGGAGAUGCAUGUAUAUUCACAAUGGAAGCCAGAGAACUCACAGAUUACGUCUGGACAGCAGAAUGGACAGGAAGUCGAAGAAGGCGGAGAAUCCCGCGCUCUGAGAGACUCUGAUUUACGCGUCUCGGCGCCACACUUGCAACGUGUGUCCUCUAUCAACUUACAAUUAUUGGAGAGAGACGCAAGACGUAAAAACAAAACACAACCGGAUCAACCGCAGCCAUUAUUAAACUACAUGCCUGACUUUGGUCUAUUUGAGGCAUCGCAAAUGGCUUGCCCGGUUCUACCGCAAUAUCAUCCUAAACAGUUAAUGGAAUUGCUUAAUAGUGGCAAGAUUCGAUGGGUGAAAGCUAUAUUGGCACAUUUAGUAAGAUGUAUAGGUGGAACAUACACCAGUAGAAGCUCCCAAGGCGAUGAGGAUAGUAUAUCUCGACAGCGUGGCUGGUCGCGUUCGCGUACGCUGUCCGUUUCAUUCGCUGCGGGCGCUGCAUCGCCUCUUGACGGCGUCGCACAGAUAACAGAAGAUGUGCAGCUGGAUUAUGCAGAAUUAACAUCGGUCCCACCUUUACCGCUGUGGACAUUACUUGUUGCUGACAAGGAAUCUGCACACCAUCCCUCUACUAUUCAGGAAGCUAAGGACUAUAAUGAACUAUUCGAAGGAACAAUUGAGGUGGAAGAAGAUCUAGACGCUUUACUCUUAGAAGACGGAGAUGUCGUAGAUAGGAGACCUUCAAUGCCGGAAAGACAACCUUUAUCACAUUUUGGGCCACGACAAGGUCGUAUCCUCUCGCGUCUGUUAACCCACACUCAUUUGCCGGGUCUCAGUUCGCUCGACCAAAUGCAUCUUCUUGCCUUGGCUGAUACUGUAUCCACUUGCGAUGCAGAUUUCACAGAACGAUUGACAACCAAUACUAGAAUGGAUGUCGCUCAAGGUGGCGGACAGGAAGUCAUGCCUGAUUCCCUCGAUGACUGCGGACUUCGGUUCCUAUUAGCAAUGAAGCACUACGGAUAUCUUCUCCGAUGUCUGCCACUGGCCCAACGUGCCUCCCUACAAAGAACUGGCGUUGGCACCUGCAAUCUUGUAUGGGCGUUCCAUUCAGAGUCACACGAACAGUUGCUGGCUUUAAUACCAGGGUACACCAAAGGACAAGCUAAAUGGAGUACUAUGAGAGAAUUAGGUGUCGGCUGGUGGGUGCGUGGCGAUCUCCUCCGUACUUGUGUGGAGAAGUUAGCCCGUGCCGCUUAUAUGUCUAAGCAGGAUCCGAUGGAUGCCGCCUUAUAUUACUUGGCUAUGAAAAAGAAAACUCUGCUCUGGGGUCUCUUCAGAUCUAACCAGCAUGAUAAAAUGACUGCAUUCUUCUCGAAUGACUUUUCGGAAGAUCGGUGGCGAAAGGCAGCCUUGAAAAAUGCUUUCGUCUUAUUGGGAAGACAGAGAUUCGAGCACGCAGCUGCCUUUUUCCUUCUUGGCGGUGCUUUAAAGGACGCCUUAGAGGUGCUGAUAACUCGUUUGGGAGAUUUGCAACUGGCCAUGGUGAUAGCGAGAUUGUAUGAAUCUGAAACUACUCUACCGCCCAGUUUGAAGAAGUUAAUAAUGGAUGAAAUAUUGGGCGGUGACUCAGAAAACGGCGACGUGGACUUAGAACGCGCACACGCAGAUCCAUUCAUCCGUUCCAUGGCGUUGUGGGAACUAAAGCGACAUGGGGAGGCGUUAGACACACUUUUGAGUCCAGCCGGACGGUUACACGCCGCCACAGAUAAUAACGACCCACAACCGAGCGUGUUCAACUUUUACGUAUACUUACGUACACAUCCCAGAUUGAAGCGGCAUAAUAUGCCAAGUCAGGGUGCGACACUGGCUUUACUAAACCAAGAGUCAGAUGAAGGCAUCACUCGUCUGGAACGCCGUUUGUACUUCCAAACGGCCCAUGGGCACUUCAAGGCAGGAUGCCCUGCGCUAGCUUUAGAAGUUCUUUCGAAGCUACCAUCACGAAUAAGAGAUGAUAAACCGAAAGCAGCUGUGCCUGUAGUUGAUCAUGCUGUUAUUCAUACAGGACAGUUGAGCGAAGAUAAUUCUAAGAAAGAAGAGACUACCGUGGACUGGGGUGCAUCAUCUUUAGAUUGGGGAGCUCCCGUUACUUCUACGAAGGAUGAAGAACUAGUCCUUAGUUGGGAUAAUGAUGACAAUAAAUCUGAAGCAUCCGGAACAUCGACUCCGCCUCUAGAGAUGAAGUUUGGUAAAACAGAAGAAGAACCUACUAAUGAAACACCCGAGAAAGAGAAAGAUGAACCGCCUGCGGUGGAUAUUAUGGCACAGCAGUUGAAAUUCGUAGCUUGUCUCAAAAUACUUAUGGAAGAACUUAGCACGCUCGCUACUGGAUUUGAAGUGGAUGGUGGUCAUCUCCGCUACCAACUAUACAUUUGGCUGGAGCGUGAAGUUGAAGCGCUUCGUCGCCUUUGCGGAUACGUGGCCACGCCCCCAGCGGGUGAACUUCUGUGCGCAGACGCAGAACAAGCUCCUUUACCGGAUAAACCAACAUUACACCAGCUAUUGGUUCGGGAGAAAGCAGACUUUGAAGCUAAAGUACAAAGAGCAGUUCGACGGAAGAAGUGGCUCAAAGCCAACGAAACACUCCUACGCACGCUCCUUUCAUACUGUUCCCUCCACGGCGCGGGUGGCGGUGGCUUGGCCUCUGUUCGUAUGGAGUUAGUUCUAUUACUUCAAGAAUUGGGACAGGACAAGCAACACCAACAAUUGCUGUCACCGUUGCCAUUCCCGACAACAUUGCCUUUGCUGGCUGCUGCCGUUGCUGCGAAUAACACGGUCGUUGCGGAUCCUGUUAGGCAUUUGCAGGCGGUAGCUCACGACAUGUUGGGCACGAUCGGAGAGUUGGGUGUACCAGGAGGGUCAGCGACGCGAAUACUUCACACUUUAAGAGAAUUGGCCGUAGCUCUCUCUGCCUGCAUAUAUCAGAGUUUGUGCGAUUCUGACACAUUUAGCUUGAAGCAUCCACAGCAUCAUGAGGGAAUUAUUGCUGAAACACCGGGAACUGCGAAUCUCCUUGUGAGAUCAAGACGCUACUCGACUGAAGAGUUAGCUGUCACUACUCCGUCCAAUAAGUGGCCUGGUGUAUCAGCCCUCCGUGGACUGGCAUUACGGGCUGCGGAAGAGGAAGACGCGCCACGCCUUCCUGUGUUACUCGCAGAGGCUUUCUGCGCUGUAUACCUUGCUUUAUUGGGUUGGGCCUUAGCUGCCAGAGAUGCCCAUCUCUUAUAUAGAUUAUCUGCACUUAAUAUGGAGACGAAAAUACACUCAAGGCUAUUUGGUGGUGGUGUAAGAAGACUGCUUACGACUGCACCAGCACCGCCACAACCAAAGAUAAUAGAACGAACAGAAGGUACGUCUGUCUGGUCGUCACUUCGGGAGAAACGGGCGUUAUUGCAUAUGCGCCUUCUAGGGUUGGGACCUACCGCGCCCCACACUAAUAUACAAGAAGGCAGGCCCACGUACAGAGAACAGUUUGUGUCACCACAAUGCAGUAUUCUCACCUAUUUACUUACGAAGCCGUCACCCGAACAAGAUCCAGAUAACAAUGACUAUGAUUCAGCAGAAUCAGGAGUAGAAGAUGAGCAUGAGAGUGAGAGUGAAGCAGAAGACGACAUCUUUGAUACUACCGCCCCUAAGUCAACGAAAUCUCGAAGCAACAUCGAACAUUCAGACCCAGAAUCGUACUCUUGGUACGUGAUGCGUGUCGGUGUGUUAAGACUCGCGCAAAGCAAACUACAAAGUUUCCUACAGCUGUGUGGCAUCGAGAUGUCUGAAUUAGCGACAACCAGUCCCACAGUCCAUGCCGCUUUACGCCGCGUGGAGCAAUGGCAGCAACAAUUGACUGAAACUUUGGAGACCCGUCCGUCCCCAAUCGAUUAUAUCCCGGGUUGCUUCCCCGAUAGAACAACCAGCGGACCACCUAUAAACAAAUACAGAUGUCUCCUGGAAAAGCACAAUACGCCCUUCAACUCGUCCAUCUACAGUUCGGCGUCCGCACGUCGACUGUGGAGCUAUCUCGUUAGACAGGAACAAAUUCAGGAUGUAUUCAUCCGUGCUGUGUUCUCGCGUAGACGCACUCAAUCGAUGUCUGGCGAGACAGCGCCCUCUACAGACAGGCCUGUGACGAAACAGGAUGAUGAUCUUCACAGUCCAGUGCGAAUCAUUCAUAAGGAACAGGACUCCAUAGCUGCGUUUUGUCUUAAUAAGGUGGGAGGUGGUCUUCUGGCAGUAGCAACAGCACGCGAAGUGCAAGAGAUGGACGUGUCACUCUUAUUACGCGGAGGUGCUUGUUGGGCUGAAGAUGAAUGCGAAGUAGAUCUACUCGCGUUGGCCUCUGACCCUGCAGCUCUACCCGAUACCGGCUUCCUGCUGAUACAGCAUCAUGACAAGGGCAAUGGUGGUUCUGUGCCUGGAACAGGAAAUACUUCUCCAUUGAAUCCCAACGCACCACAAGCGCCUGUCGGAAUGGCCGGACAGACCGGAAGGGGAGCUAGCGUGGUGAAAGGAUUGCAGUUCCCGGGUUGCCACGACGCGAAAUACUGUCGUCUGGUGCUACAUCGCUCCAAGCUUCUCAUGAAACCGGUGUUGAAGCAUAAAAUUGACAACAUUAAGCGUAUGGCAGCGCACCCUUCACAACCAUUAUACUUGACGGGAGGCGCAGACGGCUCAGUCCAACUAUGGGAGUGGGGCCAUCCCUAUUGUGUAUGGUCUCCACGCGCACCUGGCGCUUUUGCAAAAGUAACCCGGGUACGAUUCUCGGACUACGGCAAUAAGUUCGCGGCAUCAGAUGCGGAUGGCAAUCUCGCAAUGUGGCAAUUGCAGCCGUCCUCCAAAAAUGGAACCAGCCAGCCGCAAACCCCACCAAGGCCAUUCUUUACUCACCAGUGUCAUAGCAAAGGAAUUAGUGACUUUGUUUUCUUGGGUUCCUGUAGUUUAGUAGCCACAGCCGGUCACAGUUCGGAAAGUAAAAACGUGGCUAUUUGGGAUACUUUGAUGCCGAUUAAGAAGGCUUUAGUUGUUUCGUGGACGUGCCACGAAGGUGGUGCCUCGUGUGUCGCAUGGGCAGGCGGCACUGGCGCAUUGGUCUCAUGCGGGCGUCGCGGCGACGUACUCGUUUGGGACUUACGUGCACGUGCACCAAGACACAAGUUGCACGCUCAUCACGCGCCCAUUAAGUGCGUGGCGCUCUCACCCAAAGAGGAUUAUUAUGCUAUUGGCGCCGCCGAUGGGGACAUAAAGGUGUAUUCGCUCGCGACGCAUCAAUUGUUGCAUACGUUCGCGGGUGAACACGCAAGAAGUUCCUUCUUCAAACAUAUUGGACAAGGGGUCACACAAAUACAUAUUGAUAAUGGUGGCCGUUUGUUCUCGUGUGGCGCAGAUGGAACAAUGAAAGUGCGCAAGUUGCCGGAACGAGAUGCGCCAUUGCAUCACGCGCACUACACUACUUAG